CUGGUCCAGGUCAAGUCUCUCUCUGCUUAGUUCAAUGGACUGCUGGAGUUUGCAGUUGCAGUCACGGGCAUUUGGCGUUCUGCGAUCACAGAAGGGAAUGGAGUAUUCUCAAGAUGAUUUCGAUCGGUUACUGUUAUUCGAGCACACGCGGAAGACCGCUGAAGCAAACUACGCUAAGAAUCCUCUUGACGCCGAUAAUCUGACCAGGUGGGGGGGAGCUCUGAUCGAGUUGUCGGCUUUCGAGAAGCCUAAGGAUUCUAAGGCGAUGAUUAAUGAUGCCCUUUCAAAGCUGGAAGAGGCUUUGCUGAUCAAUCCAACGAAGCACGACACUCUUUGGUACUUGGGAAAUGCACACACGUCAUGUGGGUUUCUAACGCCGGAUAUCAGUGAGGCAAAGGAUUAUUUUGAGAAGGCACAUGAGUAUUUCCAGAAAGCUUUUGAUGAGGAUCCUGAAAAUGACCUCUAUAGGAAGUCCUUGGAAAUUGCUGUGAAGGCUCCAGAACUACACAUGGAGAUCCAUAAUAACGAGCUUGGUCCGAUGAGUAAUGCGGGAUCCUCUGCUACUUCAAAAGGAAAGGAAUCUAAACGGCAGAAGAACAGUGACUUUAAGUAUGACAUAUUUGGAUGGGUUAUUCUUGCGGUGAGUAUAGUAGCAUGGGUGGGAAUGGCCAAAUCUAACAUUCCACCGUCACCUCCUAGAUAAACAUUUUUCUUUGAUGCUUUACCUAAGAAAUUGGUGAUAGGUUGUGUACUUUAGACUGGAACUUGUGUGGUGUCUACUUACUGACUUCAUUUAUCAUUAACUUAUUUUUUUGCCGUCCAAAAGAUUGGCUUUUUAAGAAUGCCGCUUUUUUAGCAUAA